AUGAGAUUUUAUGUUAGGCGCAGUAUCAGCCCGUUGGCGACAUCGCCGUCCUGGGCGCGCCUUCUUGCGAGCACGUUCCUGGCCAUUAGCCUGUGCUCACAUCAGGCUGCUGCCGGCGCCUCGCCCGUUGUGGUGGAGGAUGACGGGAUGAUGGAAUACGCACCGGAAUUCGAGCAUCCCGAGUACGCAUUUAGCUACGGCGUUAAGGAUCUGCACACCGGCGAUGUGAAAUCGCAAUGGGAAUCGCGCGAGGGUGACACCAUCAAGGGCCAUUAUAGCAUUCUGGAACCGGAUGGCUCCAUCCGCACCGUUCAUUACACGGCUGAUGGCAAGAAAGGCUUCAAUGCUAUUGUUAAGACAGUUGGUGCCAACUCGCAUCCCAUAACCGAAACGCCUGAUGGCGCCAAUGUCGUUAACGAUGAUACAUCGCAGUCCAAGAUCAAUCACUAUAGCAAAGAUCAGGAGCACAUUGUGCUAAGCUCUGAUAUAAAGCCACUGAAGCGACCCAUCGAAGAUCUCACACACUCGCAUCCGAAGAUACCGAGUCUGAUUGAGUUCAAGCCGCACGCGCGCAUCAAGCAGGUGCCCAUGGACCUGGAGCCGAGCAUUAGGGAGCGCCUACAGCACGCUCGCGACAACUACUACAAGCAGGUGGCCGCUGCCCACAAGCUGGAGGACUACUCCUUAAAGCUGCAGCCCAACUAUGCUGUGCAGGAGGGUGAGUGGAAGGCGCUGAUUGUAAGCGAUCCGAAAGAGUAUCGCCCGCACUACACAACAAGCGCGCCGGCGCACCACGCCUACUACGACUACUACAAGCCUAAAGAGAUCCCCCACAACUAUCUACAUAAGCCCUCCGCGCCGCAGCAGUCGCUACACACCAGCUUCACAAGCUCCAAGACCCGUCCCGUCUCGAGUGGCGAACCCAUUUCAAAUCACAUACAUCAGAAAAAGGUGGUGCACACCACGCCCGGCCUGAAGCACUACAAGUACAAAGGAGUGGCCAAGAGCUAUGCGCGUCCGGACUAUGCCAGCUACUUUCAGCGCAAGCCCAAGAAGCUGCCACCUCCACCGCACGCACUUGCUCCCAAACAAAGGCCACACAAUCCCCAGGGCAACGGACCCGUCCUAUUCCCCGGUGUAGACGAAGACGACUAUGAGGACAUAGACGAGGAGCAGCACGAGGCUUCGGCCAGUCUAGUGCAAUCAAUGGUGAGGCGGGACAAAAAGCACAUGGUACCUAUGUAUGCAGGCGGGCAUCAUUUCAGCAGCGGCAACUACAGACGACUGCGACUCCAGAACGGGUUGUAG